GAAGAAAUCUCAUCCAUGAUUCUCGCAAAGAUGCGUGAGACUGCUGAAGCUUACCUUGGAUCACAUGUAAAGAAUGCAGUUAUCACUGUCCCUGCUUACUUCAAUAACUCACAACGUCAGGCUACGAAGAAUGCUGGUCUUAUUGCAGGGUUAAAAGUGAUGCGAAUUAUUAACGAACCAACAGCUGCAGCAAUUGCCUAUGGCCUUGACAAGAAGGCCAAGAGAAAUGUGAUGAUAUAUGAUUUGGGUGGAGGUACUUUAGAUGUGUCACUACUUACCCUAGGUGACGGUAUCUUUGACGUCAAGGCCACAGCUGGAGACACUCACCUUGGUGGUGAAGAUUUUGAUAACAAAAUGGUGAGUUAUUGUGUUGAGCAGUUCAAGAGGAAGCACAAAUUGGACGUUAGUGGAAACUCCCGAGCUCUUAUGAGGUUAAGAAGUUCUUGUGAGAAAGCAAAGAGGAGACUUUCAUUUACAUCUUCAAUUGACAUUGAAAUUGACUGUUUGGAUCAGGGCAUUGAUUUUAGCACAAAUCUUACCCGUGCAAAAUUUGAACAACUGAACAUGAAUUUCUUCAAAAAAUGUAUGGAUCCUGUACAUAAGUGUUUGAGCGAUGCUGGCAUGGGUGUGGACAGUGUGGAUGAUGUUGUUCUUGCUGGUGGCUCUUCUAGAAUUCCGAAGGUGCAAGAGCUAUUGCAGGAUGUGUUCAAUGGGAAGGAGUUGUGCAAGGGCAUAAAUCCAGAUGAGGCGAUUGCAUAUGGAGCAGCUGUUCAAGCUGCAGUCUUAAACGGGUGUGGAAAGCAAAAUGGGAAUAGGCUUCAAGAUGCAGUCUUAAAUGGGUGUGGCCGGAUUCCAAAUGGGAAUAGGCUUCAAGACUUCACUCUCUUGGAUGUCACACCUCUCUCACUUGGCAUACAGGUUUGUGAGUAUGAUCAUGAUGAUGAUCAUUAUUUUGCCGAAUGUACUCAUGAUCGGAUGUCCGUUUUGAUUCCAAGAAACACCAGAAUUCCCAUCAAGAUGAACAGGAACUUUACUACUGUGUAUGACCACCAACGUAGCGUGUUGUUCCCUGUAUAUGAAGGUGAGAGUAAGAAAACCUCAAAUAAUAACUUUUUGGGUGAAUUUGAGCUCUGCCAUAUUCCUCCAGCUCCCAAGUGUGUUCCUAAGCUUGAUGUUUGCUUUGAUAUUGAUGCCAACGGCAUUCUUAAUGUCUCUGCUGAAGACAAGUCCACUGGCAACAAGAAAGGGAUUACAAUAAACACUAAGACAAGAACCUCCGGGUCAUAUGAAGGUAAGAGUGAAACUGAGAGUGAACUUGAGAGUGUAACUGAGAAUGAAGGUGAAAGUGAAAAAACCUCUUAUAAAAACUCCAUGGGUGAGUUUGUGCUCAACAACAUUUCUCCAGCUCCCAAGCAUGUUUCUAAGUUUGAUGUCUAUGUUGAAGACAAGUCCACUAAAGGGAUUACAAUCAACACUGAGACAAGAACUAUGAGGAAUGGAAGAUCCUUCUCGCAUAAGCUUAAAACCAUGGCAAAUAGGUGGCGUGGUUAUGUUAUUAAGAAAUUUGUUCUUGAAACAAUGGCAGGUGGUGGAGAGGAUCAUGCAAUAGGGAUUGACUUGGGGACAACCUAUUCGUGCGUGGCAGUGUGGCAGCACGAUCGAGUUGAGAUAAUAGUGAACGAUCAAGGCAACAGAACUACUCCAUCUUAUGUUGCCUUCACUGAUACUGAGCAAUUGGUAGGAGAUGCAGCACUUAACCAGAUCAUCAAAAACCCUACCAACUCGGUCUUUGAUGCUAAGCGAUUGAUAGGUAGAAGAUUUAGCGAUGCAUGUGUUCAAAGUGAUAUGAAGCUUUGGCCAUUCAAGGUCAUUGAAGGUCCUAAUGACAAGCCCAUUAUUGUUGUGCAAGACAAGGGCCAAGAGAAACACUUCGCUGCUGAAGAAAUAUCAUCCAUGGUACUCGCAAAGAUGCAUAAAGUUGCUGAGGCCUAUCUUGGAUCAAGUGUAAAAAAUGCUGUUAUUACUGUCCCUGCUUACUUUAAUGACGCACAACGUCAGGCUACCAAAAAUGCUGCUGAAAUGGCUGACCUAAAUGUGAUUCGUAUAAUAAAUGAACCAACUGCUGCAGCCAUUGCUUACGGCCUUGAUAAGAAAACCGGUUCAGAGAGCAAAAGAACUGUGAUGAUAUUUGAUUUAGGUGGUGGUACUUUAGAUGUGUCACUACUAGUAAUAGGUCAUGGCGUCUUUGAUGUGAUGGCCACCGCUGGAGACACUCAUCUUGGAGGUGAAGAUUUUGAUAACAAAAUGGUGAACUAUUGUGCCGAGCAAUUCAAGAGGAAGCACGACUUGGACGUUAGUGGGAACUUGAGAGCUCUUACGAGGUUGAAAAAUGCUUGUGAGAAGGCAAAGAGGAGACUGUCAUUCGCAUCUUCAGUUGACAUCGACAUUGAUUGUUUGGACCAGGGUGUAGAUUUCAGUGCAACUAUUACCCGUGCCAAAUUUGAACAACUGAACAUGGAAUUCUUUAAAAAGUGCAUGGAGCCUGUGAAGAAGUGUUUGAGCGAUGCUGGCAUGGACGCAAGCAGUGUGGAUGAUGUUGUUCUUGCUGGCGGCUCUUCUAGAAUUCCCAUGGUGCAACAGCUACUACAAGACUUGUUCCAUGGGAAGGAGUUGUGCAAGGGCAUCAAUCCGGAUGAGGCGGUUGCCUAUGGAGCCGCCGCUCAAGCUGCAGUCUUAAGUGCUUGUGGUCACAAUAAUGGGAAUAGGCUUCAACUUUUCACUCUCUGUGAUGUCACCCCUCUGUCACUUGGGUUGGAGAGUACCGAACCUGACAGUUUCAGGAAACACAUGAAUUUUUUGAUCCCAAGAAAUUCCAGCAUCCCUGUAAUGAAGAAGAGCACUUUCACUACAAUUUAUGAUAACCAAGCUUCCAUAAGCUUUCCCAUCUACGAGGGUGAGAGUACUACACCUGCAGAGAAUAACUUUUUGGGUGAAUUUUCCCUUGAUGACAUUCCUGCAGCUCCUGCGGGAGCUCCUAAUUUUGAGGUUUGCUUCGAUAUUGAUGCAAAUGGUAUCUUGAAUGUCUCUGCCGAGGACAUGUCUACUGGAAGAAAGAAGGGGAUUACAAUCAAUAUGGAAAAAAGAAGCUUGGGAACUGAGAAGAUGAUGUGACAAUUUAUAUUCUUGUUCAAGGCUAUUACUGUACUACCUUGCUGGUUAUUUUGCUAACAGAUUUUUCUUGUUUCAUUCUUCUUUAAGGCUAUUACAAGUGUUUUUCAUUAC